AUGUCAGCUUGCUGCUUUACAUGGCGCGCCAGCAGAUUCCAGCUCCAGCAUUCCACGGGAAGCUUCCGGCUCACAUGGUUGACUGUCUCGUGCUUCGUCACGGCCAUGGUUGUUCCGAUUACUCGUGUCACACUUAUCCUAGCCCUUGGGUCGCACGUCGUUGUUUCAAUCCUGGCGUCAGUGGCUACAGAGGUUCCGGAUGCUGUGGUGAAGCCUGUGCUUGACGUGGUUCUCAGGCACUGCCCAUGCAAUGGCCCUGGUGCUAGAAAGGCAUUCAUGGAGGCCAGUAAUCAGAAGAAGGCUGGCGCGACAGCGUAG